GACGACGAGUUCCAGUGCAAGGCGUCGCAGGCCUUCGACCAGUGGUUCUCGUGUCUGACGGUGGGCAAGCAGCUCAACAACUACUACCGGUACGGCGACAAGCAGGGGUGCGGCAAGCACUGGAGCAAGCUGAAGCUCUGCAUGGGCCUGAAGAUGCGGUCGCCAGAGCAGCGGCGAGAGAUCAUGAAGGAGCAUCUGCAGAAGGAGAAGGCCGAGCGAGAGAGCAAGCCCAACAUGCUGGAUGUGUGGGAGCCACGGACCGAGCCGCUGAAGGACUACCCG